AUGGCAGGUGAUGAUGGAAGUGGGGGUCAUACUCCCAAGGACUUCAACGAGUGUGUUAGCCAAGAACAGCUGGAUGAUGCCAAGAGAGAGAUGCACGAGGUCAUCACCAAGGCAGUCACCGAGGCGAUCAUAGGCCUCAAGCUUGGUGAAAUCAUAUCCACGGUUACUGACAGGAUCGAUGUGUUGGAGGCUCGUCAACAGCACAAUCAAGAUGAGGACAUGGUGUAUGAUGACCAAGGUAAUAUAGAUGAAGCGGCCACACGGGAAGCACGGCUACGCCGUCGUCUUCGCCGCAACACACAAGGUAUGGGUGGUACUCACAACCACAAUCACCAGCAAGGUAAUCAGAAUCGUGUACCCGAUGAUCCUUAUGCUAAGGUUAAGUUUACAAUACCUUCCUUUUCUGGAUAUUAUGAUGCUGAGGGGUACCUUGAUUGGGAGAUGACAGUAGAGCAGAAAUUUAGUGCACACCUUGUACCUGAGCAACAUAGAGUUAGACAAGCCACUAGUGAGUUUAAAGAUUUUGCUAUCGUUUGGUGGACCGGUCUAAUUGCUGAGGAUGCUGCACCUACUACUUGGAAUGAUCUUAAGUCUGCUAUGCGUGAUAGAUUUGUUCCCCCAUCGUACCAUAGAGAUUUGCGUAAGAAAUUGAUGCGCUUAGAACAGGCAGAUAAAACCGUGCAAGAUUAUUAUGGUGAGCUUCAAAAGGGCUUGAUGCGUUGUGCCAUAGUUGAGGGAACUGAGGAUGCUAUAUGUAGAUUUUACUCGGGCUUGAGGCGUGACAUUCAGGACAUUGUUGAUUACAAAGAAUUUCACACUGUCAACCAGUUGUUUCAGUUCGCCAUGCUUGCAGAGAAGGAGUUGCAGGGACGUGAUUUGCAGAGCAGGAGCAAGGCCACCUACACCCCACGCUCGGCGCCAUCUUCGGGGCUGACCAAGCCUGCCUCUUUUCGAUCGCCCCCACCUGCGAGCAACAAGCGACCAGCAGCUUCGGAAGCUGCCACAACGCCAAAACCAUCUCCUGCGCGUACUUCCGACUCAGGUAAAACGUUUUUGCAGGAGCCAGCCAAGAGUUCGUCCUCCGUGUCCUCGACGGGAGGCACGACCGUUCAGUGCCACCGCUGCCAUGGAUUUGGACAUGUGCGGAAGGAUUGCCCAAGUCAGCGGGCAUACAUUGCUACCGAAGACGGCUACAUUAGUGCCUCCGACAUUGAAGAUGAUGAAGAAGAAGAACCAGAAGAGGCUGCGGAGGCCGGUCAUGUUCUGGGUAGCGAGAACACAGCAGCCUUUAGGAGCAUCAUUGUGAAGCGAGUGCUCAGCGGAAAGAAAAUUACUUUACUUCCUAUGACCCCUGCUGAAAUUGUACAAGCUGAAAAAGAACGAGCUGCUACUUUGCAUGAAACUAAAUCUGAAAAUCAGCAAGUUGCUAAUUCUGUUUACCCACCUAAAAAUGAUAAGUCUGCACCUAUUUCCAAGACUGAUGGGAUUAAAUUGAAGGGUGGAGUUUUACUUGCUAGAAAAUGCGACCUUGCUGAAAUCUCUGAUGAUGAUGAGUUUGAGGACAUUUUUCCAGCUGACAUACCUCCCGGACUGCCACCUAUGAGGGGAAUUGAGCAUCAGAUCGACUUGAUUCCGGGAGCGACUUUGCCUAACCGAGCUGCUUAUCGAACCAACCCCGACGAGACUAAGGAAAUUCAGCGCCAAGUCCAAGAGCUUUUGGACCGCGGGAAGCGCAUGGUGGAGGUUUGA